CUUCAUCACUCCAAUUAAACCCUCUCUCUCUCUCUCUCUAAUUAUUCAGACAGCCCCAUCCCAACUGCUUCUUCUUCUUCUUCUUCUUCUUCUUCCACCCAGACAUGCUUAUGCUUAUGCUUGUUCUUGGUGGAGGAGGCAAUCAUGAGACGGUUUCUGCAUCUUCAUGGAGCAAGAAACAAAGGUGGAGGAGGUGGAGGUGGAUUCUGCUACAGGCACUUCAAAUGGAUUCUCUGGUUCUCAAUCUCCUUCUACUUCUUCUCCUCCUUCCUCAUCACCCACCGCACUAACAACCCUCCAUCCUCGCCCUUCUUCCCCAAACCCUCCCGUGCCCUAAUCGAACACAAACAAUCUCCCCACAAUCCCAACGGUAAUAACAAUUCAGGGUCGUUGUUCAUGGGGAUGAAGAUUUAUGUCUACGAAUUACCCGCCAAGUACAACGCCGAUUGGCUGUCCAACCAGAGGUGCACAACCCAUCUCUUCGCUUCCGAGGUCGCCAUUCACAGGGGUUUAAUGGCCAGCAAAGAGUUGACGACGACCGAUCCAUGGCAGGCUGACUUCUUCUUCGUCCCCGUUUACGUCGCCUGCAACUUCAGCACCGCUAAUGGAUUCCCCGCCAUCGGCCACGCCCGCGCCCUUAUCUCCUCCGCCGUCGACCUCGUCUCCUCUCAGUUCCCAUUCUGGAAUCGCAGCCGCGGCGCUGAUCAUGUCUUCGUCGCCUCCCACGAUUUCGGCUCCUGCUUUCACACCUUGGAGGAUGUGGCGAUUGACGACGGAGUGCCUGAGGUUUUGAGGAAUUCGGUAAUUUUGCAGACGUUUGGUGUGAAGCACAGGCAUCCAUGCCAGGAGGUGGAGCACGUGGUGGUGCCGCCCUACGUGUCGCCGGAAAGCGUGCGUGACACUCUGCUGAAAUCUCCGAUCACCGGCCGCCGUGACAUUUUCGCGUUCUUCAGGGGCAAAAUGGAACUUCACCCGAAGAACGUCAGCGGUCGCUUCUACAGCAAGCGAGUGCGGACGGAGAUAUGGCGGAGAUACAGCACCGACCGGAGAUUCCAUUUACGGCGGGAAAGAUUUGCCGGAUACCAGUCGGAAAUUGUACGGUCAACGUUUUGUCUGUGUCCGUUAGGGUGGGCGCCGUGGAGCCCCCGGCUGGUGGAAUCGGCGGCGUUGGGUUGCGUCCCGGUGAUCAUAGCCGACGGCAUCCAGCUGCCGUUUUCGGCCGCCGUGCCCUGGCCGGAGAUAUCGGUGACCGUGGCGGAGGAGGACGUGGACAAGCUGGGGGCGAUCCUGCAACACGUGGCGGAGACUAAUCUCAGCACUAUACAGAGGAGGUUGUGGGACCCAGCGGUUAGGAAGGCCCUACUGUAUAAUGUGCCAAUUUUGGAGGGAGAUGCCACGUGGCAGGUUAUGGAGGCGUUAUCCGGGAAACUCGACCGGUCCCACAAGAGGUUAAGUAUAUCUGAUUCGUGACGUGUGAGGCACGUGGCGGCUUGUUAUUGGAUGACGUGGCAACAGAUGGGGACAUCUGGGGUUUAUUUAAAAACCGCUCGCUGACAAAUAUUCUGCAUUUGGCUGCUUCGUGGGUCAGACUAAUCACGGCUUGCACCUCUGACGUGGUGUGUAUCUAUCGGUUCGUUUUGCCAGUUUUGGUGAGGACAAUGUUGUACAGAAAGAAAAUACUCGAAAAAAACAAUAGAUGAAUAUUUGAAAAAAAAAAAAAAAAAAAAAACCUCGAAACAGUAGAAAUGAAUAGAUGAAUAUAUUGUAUUAAAUAUAUAUAUAUAUCUAUAUAUUUAUACUGAAGGAAUAAUAAUGUGGGCCCAUACUUUGUUCCUUACGUUGGGCCGAGCCUAGAUUAAUAAAGCGCGGCCCAUAAUUAGAGGGCCCAUAAUAUGUAGCAAUUUCUCACAGUUUUUUCAAC